GUGUUGAUUGCAUUCAAUAAACACAUGUUUACAACGUUUGCGACGUUUUGUUGAUUUAAAUGUGAUUUUCAAAGUAAUGACUUUGAAGUGACAACUGUUUAAACCACAAGAAGUAUGGGUCGCAAGAAAUUAUUGCUAGACUUACAGCACAGACACUCAUCAGAUGACAGCGAUAGUGAUGACGGACUGUCUGUCGAUUCGGACGAAGAGUUACAGAAAGCUUUCGCUAAGGGAGAGCUGAAGACUGGACUCAAUCAAGUGGUGGCUCUUAGACCUGUUGAAGAGCACAUCAACGAUAAGACAGCCAUGAAAGCUAAGUUGGAUCAGAUUCGGCUCGACAUGGAUUGGAUUGAACGGCUUGAUUCGGUUGACUUACCGGCCAAAGUGACACCAGAAGUGCAACAAAUGUUUGGCGACAUUGAUCUCAAACUAAACAAAAGAGGAGAAAUUGCUGCCGAAGAUAAUGAAUUGUCUGACAAAGCAGACAACGAUUUUAAGCGCGAAAUGCUUUUCUAUCGUAGGGCACAAACCGCUGUCCUCGAAGGUAUUCCUAGACUUAAAAAAUUGGGAAUCAUAACCAAACGGCCGAACGAUUAUUUCGCCGAAAUGGCCAAAAACGAUGACCACAUGAAGAAAGUACGUGAAAAUCUUAUCAGAAAACAAUCAGCAAUUGAAGCCUCGGAUAAGGCAAAGAAAAUGCGAGAAUUAAAAAAAUACGGCAAAAGGAUUCAGACAGAAGUGAUGCUUAAGAGACAAAAAGAAAAACGAGAAAUAAUGAAUCGGCUCAAGAAGUAUAAGACAGGAAAAGAUGAUAAUCUUAACUUUUUAGACAACCAACACAAUGACAAUCAGGCGGGCGGUAGUAGUAGUGGUGGUAAAGGCAAAGGAAAACAAAUGAAACAAAACAAGAAACAGAAGUAUAAGAGCGCGAGGUUUGGAUACGGCGGACAAAAGAAACGAUCGAAGUAUAACUCGUCGAACAGUUCGGCAGAUAUGACCAAAUUUAGCCGAAAUAAACACUCAAAAGCCAAUAGUAAAGGCAAAGCACGUCCGGGAAAAUCGGUUCGACAGAGAAAUAGAAAUAAACGAUAAACACAUUAUUUGUUUUCCAUUUAAUUUUGUAUUUAUU